UCCCAGAGGGCACCGCGGUCUGGAGCGGAGCCUUUUUUCUCAAAUAGCGCGCGCCCUCCCCUUGUGGUUCCACGGUAGAGGUGACCUGACUCCCCGAGGCUCGUUUUGCAGGUGCCGAAAUUGUCCACGCAGUUCCGAAUCAUGCCUGAGCCAAUCAGAGUCCUUGUGACUGGAGCAGCUGGUCAAAUUGCAUAUUCACUGCUGUACAGUAUCGGAAAUGGAUCUGUCUUUGGUAAAGACCAGCCUAUCAUUCUUGUGCUGUUGGAUAUCACUCCCAUGAUGGGUGUCCUGGAUGGUGUCCUAAUGGAACUGCAAGACUGCGCCCUUCCUCUCCUGAAAGAUGUCAUCGCAACAGAUAAAGAAGAGGUUGCCUUCAAAGACCUGGAUAUAGCCGUUCUUGUGGGCUCCAUGCCAAGAAGGGAUGGCAUGGAGAGGAAGGAUUUACUCAAAGCAAAUGUGAAUAUCUUCAAAACCCAGGGUGCAGCCUUGGAGAAAUAUGCCAAGAAGUCAGUUAAGGUGAUCGUGGUGGGAAACCCAGCCAAUACCAACUGUCUGACUGCCUCUAAGUCAGCACCAUCCAUCCCCAAGGAGAACUUCAGUUGCUUGACGCGUUUGGAUCAUAACCGAGCUAAAGCUCAGAUUGCUAUUAAACUUGGUGUGACUUCUGAUGAUGUAAAGAAUGUCAUUAUCUGGGGAAACCAUUCCUCAACUCAGUAUCCAGAUGUCAACCAUGCCAAGGUGAAACUGCAAGGAAAGGAAAUUGGUGUUUAUGAAGCUCUGAAGGAUGACAGCUGGCUCAAGGGAGAAUUCAUCACAACGGUGCAGCAGCGUGGCGCAGCUGUCAUCAAGGCUCGAAAACUAUCCAGUGCGAUGUCUGCUGCAAAAGCCAUCUGUGACCACAUCAGAGACAUCUGGUUUGGGACCCCAGAGGGAGAGUUUGUGUCCAUGGGUGUUAUCUCUGACGGCAACUCCUAUGGUGUUCCCGACGAUCUGCUCUACUCGUUCCCUGUUACAAUCAAGAAUAAGACAUGGAAGAUUGUUGAAGGUCUCCCUAUUAAUGAUUUCUCACGUGAGAAGAUGGAUAUCACUGCAAAGGAACUAACAGAAGAAAAAACAACUGCUUUAGAAUUUCUUUCCUCUGCAUGACUAGACAAUCAUUGUGAAGUUACUAAAUACCCCAAAGCUGAAGAAUCUAAAUGUCGUCUUUGACUCUAGUAUCAAAUAAUAAUGCUAUACUUAAAUCACUUGUGAAACACAGCACAUUUUAAAGAGUGUGUGCUUCUCGGUACAAAUUUGUGAAAGUUUAUCAUCAUGCUAUUAGUGUUGCAUUCUAAAUAAAAUAUAUAUUCAAAGGAAAA